AUGAUGAUGCCAAGGGAAUCGAUCAAUCUUCAGUUAAUACCAUCUCUAUCAAAAUGAAAAAUUCUAACGAUACUCCGGCAUCUAAUAUAUCAGAUAAUAUUUCAAAUGAAAAGGAUAGCCGAUCUUUCACAUCUCUCAUUCAUAUAUCAUCGGAAGAGAAAGAAAUUAAUGAAUUUAUGGAAUUACAGGAAAAGGAAAGAGUUAGUAAUAUGGCAAGAGAAAGAAAUAGGGAAAAGAAGAUUUGCCGAGGGCGACAAAUAGUGCAAAAAACAUCUUCCUCUUCUGAUACACAAAAUGUAAUUUCUACUGAAAUAAAUCCUGUUGUCGAAAUUACCCAUGAGCAUAAAACCACUAAAUCAGAAUCAAUGCCUACUGAUCAAGCACAAAAUACCGGAAUCAAAAUUCCAUAUAAUAAAAGAGUCGAGCAAGACUUAAGGCGCGACUUAUCUGUGUUCAUUAAAAAGAAUAAUAAUAAAGUUAGUGAAGUAUUUGAUAUACAAAUUCCUGAAUUCUCGUUAGAAGUAAUUAUAACAGGAUCUAGCAAAAUUACAGCACAAAAUAUAGCUGAUAUAUUUGUUAUAGCAAUGAAAGUUAGACAAAAGAGAUUUUAUGCUGCUGAGGUAAGCAUUCCAAUUGUACCUAUCCCAUUAGCCCAUGACUCGGUCCCAGAAGGACCCUCUAAUUCUUCUGAUAAUUCCAAAAAAGAGGCGUGGUUUGAUGAAGAUAUGUUUUUCAAUGAGGCGAAUCCCAGUAAAGUGAACACUGUCACUUCGGACGAUGAUGU